UUGCCUAGCAACGAUCGACAUAUCCACAAAAUUCAUUACUUUACACUUGAAAAUGAAAAUAUUGAAACAGCCUUAAAGGUCCUUCAACGAAGUUACAAAAAAAAAUAAAAAAUGUCCUUAUUUAACGUUUGCAAUUGGUGGACCUCACAGUGUCCAGAUUUGGAGGAAAACUACGAUGUGGCAAGUUUACUGUGUGCUCGUUUUGGCUUGGAGGAACAGGAAAAAGAUUACAUUGUGGUUGGCUCUCACACCGGCCAAUUGAGUAUUUUCUAUCCCAGUUAUGAACAGGAUGCCAAUGGCAAUUCGUCCGGUUUCAAGCCCACCGAUCUGCUGCUGGAAAUCCAAGGUGAUCUGCCCAUUUUGGGAGUAUAUGCUGGACGUUUUAGUGCAAACAAUCGCAAAGAGAAUGCCAAUCAAUUGGCUCUCCUCCAUCCCAACUCUUUGGCCAUCUACAACAUUGUUCAUGUUGGUGGUGUGGCCGAACAUGGCGCCCAAUUGAGCCUGAAACAAAUAAGCGAAUAUCGUUUUCAUCGCACAGCGUUUUCCUUUUGCAAAGGCCACUUUGGCAAGGUGAAGGGAAGGGAAUUUUUCUGCGUUGUCCAUUUGGAUGGUUCGUUGACAUUUUUCGAACAGGACGGCAUUUCGUACGAGUGUAAAUUUCCCGGUCAUCGUGCCCUACCCACACCGGUGGUAUACUGUGAACGUACGGAUUGUUUCUUUCGUCUGGCCUCCGCAUGGAAUUUGGAGUGCUAUACUUACCAGGAUCUCUCCCAUUCUUCGAUUAAUAAAUCCCAUUACCAACCCAUAUGGACCGUUUGUUUGGGUGAGGGAAUAUUGGAUAUGAAUGUGGUGCAGGUUAAAGCGGAUUAUUCAAACGUAAUGAUAUUGGGAGAACGUAACUUUAUGUGCCUCACCGAUACCGGAAAAGUCGAGUUCAUACUCAAGCUGGAUUAUGCUCCCAAAUGUUUUCACUCCUUUGUGGUGGGGUACUAUUGGGAACCCACUGCCCGCCUCAUCACCAUCAUUGUCUCGGAAUCAUCAAAAGUUUUCAUUUAUGAAAAUGCCAGCAUAAUAUGGGCGGCCCAAUUUAAACACGAAUCUCCAGUGGCCAUACAACGCUCGAAUAUUAUGGGCCUGCCUGGGGGUAUUGUUACCUUGAGUCCCACGGGAAAAUUGCGCAUUGGCUACUUGGGCUCCGACCCCUAUAUAUUUCAGGUACCCCCACUAAAUAUGCAAGAGUUGACAUUUCAACAGGCCCACGAUGAAUUUAUGCAAUUGGAACAGGAGAUUAAGGAGGCCACCGAUAUUCAGGACAUGAAGGCAAUCAAUGAGAAGGCAUAUGCCGAUGUUCACAUCGAAUUCACCAUAGAACAGAGUACCAACGAUGAUGCCGAUACCAUGUUAUUGGAUAUACCAGCCCAUGUCACGUUAAAAGAUUUACCGGUUUGCUCGGGAAAACUAAAAUGGCAUGCCAUGUGUGAUCUCUCCGAACUGCAGGUGGUUUUCAAUUUGCCCGAUGGCAUCAAAUGUUCUCAGGAUUCAUUGACCUAUACCGACAUAAAGGCGGACAGCAAAGAAACCAUGGAAUUGGAUUUUUAUACAUGCGACCUACUGCAUAUUCCGACGGCCAAGGUGGAGGCUAUUGUUUCGUUUAUUUCUACCCGUGGUAUACCAAGGGUCAUACAAAAGACGGCGUACUUACCUUUAAAUAUGUUUUUCAAGACCAAACAACCUCAAAAAGCGGCGACCAUUAAAUUAACCUUCAAUGUCAACGCUGGCGAGGAUGCUGUGAAGUUGACUAACUAUUUUUCGGAAUUUGUUAGCUGGGAAUCGGACAUACAGGCCUUGGGUUUGGUGCUGCUGACCACAGUCGAUGAAAGUCAGGAAGAGAUUAUAACAAUUGUUGCGGCCAAGAAUUCAAAUCGGAUUAGAAUUCAAUCAGACUACUUGGAAACAUUCCCCCUGAUUAUGGAACGUUUGAUGGAAAAAUCAUUGGAAAUGCAAUCUAAUUCAAAGACACCUAAGGAAAAAUCUCCAAAUCGGCAGCACAUACUUCAGGCAGCUGCAUUUAUACCGGCCCAACCUAUACUCCAUAGGAUUGAUGUGCAUCAUGAGACCCAAGAGAAUAUUAGAAAGCAAACGCUGGAGCUGGACGAUUUAUGGCAAAAGUUUAAGGAUCUGCAACGAAAACUGCAGGAGAAAUCCGAUGAUGAACCCAAAGAGACUCUGGUCAUGCAAAUUGAAGAAAAUUACGAUCAUUUAAUUGCCGAAGGAGAUAAGCUCAUGGAUAUGCGUAAAGAUGAAUUGAGACAAAGGUGUGAUUUAUCCUGUGCCUUGGUCGUGGCCAAAAUUAUUAUCUCAUGCUUACAUCUGGAAGAGAAAAUUAUCAAGGUUGUUUGUUCGGUCCUCACCACACCCACAGAAGAUUGGACGGAAUUGAGUUGGGAAGAAUCAAUGGCUGCCGGCAUUGAUAUGUUACAUCAUUACGGCCCACUAAGUCGAUCGAAAAACACCAAUACCCAAAAUAAUAUGAUCGAUGCCACCGCCAGUCAGGACACCUUUGAUUACACACGUUUCCGUAAACAUUUUGCCACAUUUUUUGAUCGCAUCGUACGGCUGGCAUCGAACGACGCUAAGCUGCAGACCACCAGUGUAAUGGAACUGAAGACAGUGGAAUCUCAAGUGGUUGCCCAAAAAGCUGAAAUUGAAAAUAAACCAGAUGUUAAUACCGAAACAUGGCAUGAUAUACUCAAUGUUAAGCCAAUGCAAUCGACAGCAGGCGCUGUGAAGCGAUUGAAACCUUUUCAGAAAUCCUCAACGUUGGAAGCGGUAGAAGACGAUGAGGAGGAAGAGGGUGAUGAUGAUGCAGAGGAUUUACGUAAAAUGGGCUACAAAAAGGAGUAUGGCUGCAAGGAGAAACAUGAUGAAAAUGAGUCGGAAUGGUUAAAUGAAGAUUUCAAGCUACCCUCAUCCGAGGAGUUGUUCAGUGAUUUGGGAAUAUGGUGGUAGAUUGGGUGGGUGGGGUUUCUGGUAAAUUAAAU